UUGGCGAAGAGAUGUCCGCCAUCUUGGAUUGUAGCGGGGAAGAAAGAUUGAUGCGGUAAGCUCCUUUUUUAGUCGUUUAAUUUGUUUUCUCACUGCUGACUGACCAUAACCCCAUUUAAAUUAUAUAAAACUCAUAUUAUAGUUCACAUGCAGCUAAAUUUUGAUAGCAGGCGGACAAACGGAAUUUAAAACCGGCAUCCCGUUUUUGUAUCUUUUUGUUGUUGUUUUGGGGACUAAUGGACGGAGGCGCAGCAGGCCCAAACCCGGACUAAAACAUACCUGUGCGCCUGUAUCCUCAAGCCAGUGGUCUGUUCGUGUACCAGCAUGUGAAUCGCUUUUGUGUGCGUGCUAUAAAUAGCUUUAAAUUUGAAAACGGACCCAGCUUUGCGGCAUUUUCUUUGCUGUUAGCCGAGGUUAGCUCACAGGCUAACGUCUUCAUGCUUUCCUAUGGAAGCAGCUGUUAGCUCACAAGCGCUAGUCGGCUACUAGAAGCGCCGUUAGUGGGUAAAUUUCUGCUAAUAGCCAAAACUUGUGGUUGGGUUCAAAAACAGAAGUUAGAUUAAAACGUGGUGUUGAUUUAUUGCUGUGUUUUAUAAAAGCCAGAGGAGUUAAACUGUCCUAAAUGGCAGGUUAUCUUAAGUAGCUUUAGCGUUAGGUGCUAACAGCUCGUCUUUUACGACAGUGCUGCAGCUUUAAACCAGCUCACAGACUCGCUGCUGUUGGAGAUUUCUGGGAGUUGAAUGGGAUCUUUAAGUUUAAACAGAACAAUAAUUUAUUCCGUGCAUGGUCUUACAGGAGUGUGAGAGUCCACUCUGUUGUUGUCUGUGCAAACCUCCACAGUAAACGAAAGUAAAAUAGAUCAAACUGCUGUCUGCUUCCUUCCUCUGUGCAUCACCUUAUUUUUCUGCUCACAGGUGCAGCAUGUAACUGUCAUGUUGCAUUCAACAGAUCCUCCACUAUUUAGAUUAUUAAGAGAAUAUUGAAGAUUAAAAUACUACUUUUACUUUCAGCUGAAAAUUCUGCAGUUGUUGAAGAAACUGCACGCUUAUUUUUAAGAAGUUGUGUUAGUAUAGCCACCCUUAAGAAGUGCACACACAUUCAGGCUGAUUAAUCAGGUUGCAUUAUGAGAUAAAAAGCAUUGGCUGCUGCUGCUACCUAGAGCUGGAUGAUAAAUUGUAUUUCAAUUUCAAUAAUGAUUUCAGCCCCCCAAUAUCAUAAAUGCAUAAUAAUUGAGACUGAACAAUAUUGUCCCGUCUGCUGUGUUGCCCUGUUACGCCUGGAUGGAAGAGCAGGGCUCGACAGUGAGACCGUUUCACUAGAUGUGUGCGAAUUGUUAAAUUUAUUAAGGGGCACCUGUUCGAAUAAAAAAAAAACAGCCGAGGCAACAAAUGUUUUUUCAUGUAAAUACCGCUGUGAAGUUAGUUUUAGGUUGGAUAUCCGACGGACAUUCACAUUGCGGAUCUACCGGUGUCUUUUCACACUCCAUAACUGGUGAUAGCAACAGCAGCGUGGUUAAAUCUACUCGGCAUGUUUUAAUUUAGGGUCAAACACACCGUAACACCGAGUUAGACACCCCAUCGAGAGAUGAAUGUUGCCGACUGCUUGCUUCUCUAGUUAUACCAACUUUAGUAAUGACCACAGAUAGCAAUACACAGCGGUCCCAGGAGCCAUAAAAAAACAUCAACCAAAACGCCACUCUAUAGCCACAAAUAAUGCUCAGAACAGCACCUAUAUGUCAACAGGACAUAUAGGGUCCCAGCCAUAGUACUAGCCAUCAAACAUCUUCUUAGCUUGGCCAGAUUUAUUUAGCAAAGAGACUAAAGACAACUCACCUACUCUCUUCCAGCAGCCACUUGUUUGUAGCAAGAGCUCAGGCCAGUCCAUUAUUGACUGAGGCGGGGGUGCGCAGCUCAAGGAAGAACAUUUAUGAUCAUUUCUUCAUGGAAAUGCAAUGAGACUGAGACGCUAAGGCAGAAGAACUACCGCGUCCGCAGUGCAAAAUGAUUCAUAUGGUGAUUAUUACUUCAAGGAAAUGAUAAAGAAAUGAUCAUAAAUGUUCUUUCUUGAGCUGCGUCACGCCGCUGUAGUCCAUAAUGGACUGGCCCGAGGUCUCGCUACAAAUAAGCGGCUGCUGGAAGAGGGUGGGUGAGUUGUAUUUAGACUCUUUGCUAAAGAAAUCAGGCAAAGUUAAAAAGAUGUUUGGUGUUGAAUAAGGGACCAUCAAUAAAUUACCGGUUGUUGUUCGCAGAAAAGGCUGUUUUCCUUCAAUAGCUUCCACGUCAUGUCAGCCAAAGCUGGAGUUUUCCUCAGCAAAGGAGAUAGAGCAGAGGGAGGGUAAUUAAAGCAGUAAAGGAGACAAAUAUAUAUUUUUCUAACUGGGUCAAAAUGAGUCCACUUUAAUGCAGUCAUCCCCAGUACAAAGUGUAUGCUCAGGCUUACAGUUUUGCCAAAUAUGAACAUUUUAAGUCCAGACAGCAUCUCAGAAUAUUGGGGUAUGAAGAGAGAGUGAAGUAGAGACUCGGUGAUGACUGUCAGUGGCAGACUUUCUAUGUUUUCUGUCAGUCCUGAUUUGUUGAGAGAUGAGCGAUGCUUUUAGAAACCCAGAAUAAGAAACCUUGAGAAUAUAGGAAGGUAGCAGACUCUCCGCUGUCUAAAUGUAUGAUUGUGAGUGUAUUAUAACCAAAUAAGUCCAGAGCAUGUGUGUAGCUGUGAUGACAUUUUUAUGUUGAACAGAGUCUGGAGUUGCUGCUGCUUAAUCCUGACCGCUCCCCAUGUCUGAUUUCAGGUGACACGCGGUAUGUUUGGUGCUAACCGGAAGAAGUUUAUGGAGGGAGGGGUAGAGAGCGACUACGCAGAUGACUCCAGCCUCUACUACACCCAACAGUCCAUGUUCCCUCCUCACCGCCCUGACAAAGACGUGAGUUUUCUGUUAAACUAAGGAGCAGAAUGUAGAAAAGCAGCAAUUUAAAUAAAAAGAGUCACCUGAUUUUCUCGUCAGAGUUUCAAAAAUGUGUUUGUGUUUUUCUUUCUUUCUUCAGAUGCUGGCGUCUUCCUCUGCUUCCUCAACAGGUCAACUGUCACAGCUUGGGGCCAGUUUAUACGGUCCUCAGAGUAAGAUGGGGGAGGGAUCUGUUAGAGUGAUACACCGACAUAAACGCUCUUUAGUGAUGACGAUGUUGAUGAUGAUGAUGAUGAUGAUGACGUCUCUGCGUGUGAUGUUUCAGGUGCGUUGGGGUUUCCCAUGCGGGGGAUGAACAGCAGCGCGGCCCCUCAGUUGAGUCGGAGCGGGUUGAAUCAGCCUGGCAGUCAGCUCCCCAGUCACGCCAGCACACCCAACACUGGAACCAUGCACACGCCGCCCUCGCCGAGCAGGUACAACACACACACCCUUCAUCUUCAUUUACCACCACUCUUUCACCCUCUUCUUCUAUUCCGAUAGACGUCUCCUCUUGUUCCUCCUCUUCUGUUCCUCUCAUCCAUAUCCCAUAUUUUCUACCCCUUUUUUCUGUCUGAUUCCUUUCUCCAGUUUCCCAUCCUUUCCCCUUCCUUCCUUUUCCAGAUUUAUUUUCUCCGCCCUCUUCCUUCUUUAAUUUUCCUCCCUCUCUCCUUUUAACCUCCUUUACUUUUCCUCAUUGCUUCCCUUUCCCUCCGAUCCUCCCCUUGUCUUCCUCAAACUGUUCUCCUCUGCUUCUGUGUUUUUCUCUUUCUCCUCCCUCCUCUAUUUUAUAUUCCUCUCCUCUCCUCUGCUUUCUUCCUUCCUGUCUUUCCUCUCUUUUACUUUUUAAGCCUCCGCUUCAUCUCUUUUCCUUCUUCUCCUUCCUCAUCACCACCCUAUUGUCUUCUUUUUUUUUCUUACUUUUUCAGUUAAUCUUUCCUACCCUGCAACCUUCUCUGCCUCCUUCUCCUUUCCCUUCUUCCUUCUCCUCUACUCUUUCCUUUCCAUUCCCCUUUUCUCCAUCUCAUCCACUUUUAACUUUCUCCCAUACUUCUUUUUUGUCUCUCCUUCCUCUCCUAUCUUUCCUCUCUUUCCGUCUUCUUUCCAUCUAUUCAACCCUUACCUCCUUUUCAUCCCUUUUUUUUAAUUUAACCUUCUUCUUCCUCCUCUUUUCAGGGGGAUCCUCCCGAUGAGCAGCCGCAGCGUCUUGAACCACAGUCAGCAGGUGGGUGGUCCAACGGGUCAGUCGGCAGGGAUGGUGGGAGGAGUCGGCGUGGAGAGGGGUGGGGCCGGAGGAGUCGGAGCGGGGAGGAGCAGCAGUAUGGGAAGUCCCAGCAGGUCGUCACCCAGCAUUAUUGGGAUGCCCAAACAACAACAAGCACGGCAGCCCUUCACCAUCAACAGGUAACAAAUACACACACACACGUCAAAUAUAGUCGUUCAUUGGCUAGAAAAUUAACCUUAAAGAAGACCAUAGACAUUUCUGAUGGUAAACUUGAGAAGUAGAUGAUCAUACUCAUGCAACACAGGAGCUUUUUGUCCUCAAAGGCCACCGUACCUCCACUGACAGGAGGGGUGAGCAAAGGGAGCACUUCAGUUUAGAAUCUGACUGCAAGAAAGCCCAAUAUAUUCCUGUAUCUACAGCCACAACAGUCACUUCUUCUUUUUCCUCUUUGUCUUGACCGUCUUGCCCACUGAGUUCAAGAGGACAUGAAACACUGACCCACGUUAUCAUUAUUUUUAAGAAUGCCUCUCGACUUUGGAUGGCUGAGUAAACUCACUAGAGGAGGGAUAUUUCGUUUUGCGCCAGGCUGCUCCAUCCAAUUUUACAACGUGAGAAAUAAAAAACGUUGCAUUUUUUACAUUUGCCGCCGAAACGGCCGGUGAUUCUCCGACGCUGGCUAGCAGCUAUGGAGUGUCAGGAUCCACCUGUUAGCAUAUACACUUAUAUUUUUUACCACGUGAGGAUGCCAAUGUGGUGUGUUUCAUGUCCUCUUUAAAACUGAACAUCACUACAGUACAGUGUCGGUUUAAUCACUUCAACAUAAUUUUUUACUAGGUUUCAUGAUGAUACGCCUCUUCUACUUUGUGCUUCAGGGUUUUGUUUUUUUUUUCAUUUUCAAUAAUGCCACACUUACAUUCAGUAAAUUGAAAUACACCAAGUCUUUAGAGUUGUGGUGGUGACAUAGAGACUGAGUUCCCAGCAAAACCUUAUCUGAAUCAGACGUCUCCAUGUCAGUAUGAUGACUCUUCAGCAGAGUUCUCCUUUUUAGUUUCAGUGUUAAACUUCUCUUCCACUUUUUGUUUCUUGCGAAUAACUGAUUUGUCAUCUUCUUAUAAAUCUUUUUUUUUUUUUUACAGUAAAGAGGCAUGAAGUGUCAGUGUCUGAAAGUUUAUCUGUGUAAUAGUUCUGAGGUUGAUAUACACACUCGUGGUCUAUUGAUCUUACAAAAUGUGCCUCACUACAAAACAAGUCUGUUCGUUUUUUCAUUUUCCAACUAAAAAAGGAAAGAAAAAAAACUCGCAUUAAAUUUCAGUUCUGUCUUUUUAGGAACUCACCAUGUUGAACUCUGAAAUAACACAGUCUGUGUGUGUGUGUGUGUGUGUGUGUGUGUGUGUGUGUGUGUGUGUGUGUGUGUGUGUGUGUGUGUCUCAGUAUGUCAGGUUUCGGUGUGAACAGGAAUCCAGGCUACAACAUGAACAACUCCCUCUCCAACAACAUCUUCAACGGCACAGGUACCAAACAAAAACACUUUUAUUUUUUAAAUGGAUCCCGCAGAGUCAGUGUUUUAGAUUCUCUUUUGUUUAAUUUAAUUAUAUUCAGUAUUUUUUUAUUUUUUAAUGUUUAUUCUCUCAGACGGCAGUGAGAAUGUGACGGGUUUGGACCUGUCAGAUUUUCCAGCGUUAGCAGACAGAAGUCGGAGGGACGGAGGCUCCAAUCCAACACCGCUGCUCAACCCGCUGGCCGGUCGGGCUCCGUAUGGUAAAAACAACUCUGCUAUUCCUAAAUACAAACUUUUAAUUCCCAAACACAAAGCUAAUAUAGUCCAGUGAUUACUAAGAUCCAGUUUUAACACAGUUUUCAGUGACGUGAAGAUUCACUCUUCAGGCAUUUAAAUAUAUUUUCACUUUAUUCAAACUUUCUAAAAUAAAUUCUCCGGCUCAACAGUCACUGAGUAAUUAUGAGUAAUUUCUGAGUUAAAAGUAACAAUAAACUUUAUAUUUUUAAUCAUCAGACUGUGAGAAGCAAAGGACUCACUUGCGCUGGGAGAAUUUGAGUGAGAGACAAGUUAACAUCUUACUUGCAAAAUAUCAAAAAACUUUUGGGGGCUUGGUUUAAAUCCAUGUGUGUAAUUUUCCCAGAUAUGUUGAAGUAAAAUGUCAAAUCUGUUAUAUUCCAGCCUAAUUUGAGAAUUUCUGGUUUUUAUUUUGGAAAUGUGAGUGUGAACAGAAUCUCACGUUUGGGGCGUAGAAAAGUGCGUUCACUAAUCCCUCCUCUAUUUUCCAGUUGGCAUGGUAACCAAGCCGUCCAGUGAGCAGUCUCAGGACUUCUCCAUCCAUAACGAGGAUUUCCCAGCUCUCCCCGGGCCAAAUUACCAAACAAAAGACCCCACCAGCACCAAUGAGGACAGCAAAACGGUCAGAAGCUUUGAUUUGCCUUUCCUUGUUUACGUUCUUUCACUGUUUGUUUCUGUGCCGCUAGCGUUUAACUUUACCAUCUCUUUAUUUUGUCCAAGCAGAAUUUGAACUCAUCAGGAAAGCCCACCUCGAACUCAGAUGGUCCAAAGUUUCCCGGCGAUAAGAGCUCGGCACCGAGCAACAACAACCAGCAGAAGAAAGGGAUUCAGGUGCUUCCUGACGGUGAGACCUCGAACCAAAAACACAAGAAUUUAAAAAAUGAACGAAACUUAUAAACAGAUGAAGACAGAUUUCAGUCCAAAUAAGCUCAUGUGUCGUCUCCAUUCCAGGCCGAGUGACCAACAUCCCGGUCGGCAUGGUAACGGACCAGUUUGGUAUGAUUGGCUUGCUGACGUUCAUCCGGGCGGCAGAGACGGACCCCGGCAUGGUCCACCUGGCACUUGGCUCUGACCUCACGACGCUCGGCCUCAACCUCAACUCGCCAGAGUGAGUCACGCUCGCACACACACACACACACUAACACUAGAUUCAUCCAACACAAACUUCAGACCGGUGCAGGUUUACUCAGCAUAACACACAGUGGGGCUCCCCAAAAGGAGGGGAAAACGGCCCUCAAAAAGUACUCUAAAAGCACUCCAGAAAAACUCUUUCUUUAAGUUUCUAACUUCAAACUGUUCCUUGCCUCUCUCUCUUUUUAAGGAAUCUGUAUCCUAAGUUUGCGUCACCCUGGGCGUCGGCUCCGUGUCGACCGCAGGAUAUAGGUGAGUUCAAAAUCUGCACGGCAAGUGUGCCAAAUCCUUAUUUUGGAUUAUUAUACCUUAUACCGGUCUUAUAAUUUCCCUUUACUGGCCUGGAGUAUCAUCUGCACAGACUUCACUGUCUUCUCGCUUCUCUUCCUGCAGAUUUCCACGUCCCCUCAGAGUAUUUAACCAACAUCCACAUAAGGGACAAGGUACGUACUCCUGUGAAACCCUUAAGCGUUUAAAACAACAGCCAUGCUCAAAACAUCAGCUGACUUCUUGAAUCGGUUCAGUGUUUGACUGUCGAUCUUUUCAUGUCUGCAGUUAGCAGCUAUCAAACUGUCUCGGUAUGGUGAAGAUCUGCUGUUUUAUCUCUACUAUAUGAACGGAGGAGACCUACUACAACUCCUGGCUGCAGUAGAACUGUGAGACACCGACACACACUCACACACACUUAAUUUUUUUUAUUAUUCCAUCUUUAUGUCUUCAUCUUUUUUUUAUGUUUAUUUCUAUAUUUGCAGGUUUAACAGGGACUGGAGGUACCAUAAAGAGGAGCGGGUUUGGAUCACUCGAGCUCCAGGGAUGGAGCCCACGCUGAAGACCAACGCCUACGAGAGAGGGACCUACUACUUCUUCGACUGCCUCAACUGGAGGAAGGUGGCAAAGGUGAAAAAAACACACACACACACACACACACACAUAUUUUUCAAUCAUAUUUUUCGCACUAUAAGAAGCACCUGAUUACAAGGCACACCAUCAAUGAACGCGUCUAUUCGCGUCUAUUUUCAUACAUAAAGCGCACCAGAUUUUAAAGCGCAUUAAGCCAAACAAAGUGCUCCGACAAGCCAUCAGAAUGUGCGUCUUUGUAGCUUACUGAAGUCGUAAUAAAACAUUUUGACAGAUUUUUGAGCGCUGUGUACCACAUAAAAUUGGUUUGAGGUCAGUAAGUACAACCAGAGUUCAUUUAUAAGGCGCACCUGAUUAUAAGACACAUUGAGGAUUUUUGAGAAAAUUAAAGGAUUUUAAGUGCGCCUUAUAGUGCGAAAAAUACAGUUGAUCCAUUUAUCCUUGUCUCAUUUUGGCCAUCAGCAGUGUCAACCCUGAGAGACGUGUGUUAGAGGAUGACAUUUUUCAGGAAUUCCCGUGGGUCACGUGAUUCCCACAGGAAUCAUUUUUUAAUUAAUCCCGUGAUCAGGACGGGACGGGAAAAAAAGCAAUGGGAGCGGGAACAACAUUAAAAGAUGAUCAUUUUCAGCCGUGUUAAACAACCAGAUGAACAGAUGCGUCCAUUUUUGAAGUCAUCGCUCAGUGAGAGCCAACACUUUUGACCGCGCUAGCAACACAAAAGAACUACAACAGUGGUUUGACUUCCUGUCACCACCGGAAGUGAAAAGCGACUCGGAGCGGCUGCCUAAAAUUUUUUAUUUUAGGUAAAAGUGCAGUGCAUAAUAUGCACUAAAAUAAAAAAAUGCAACUUUUUUUCAUCAUGUUUGGUUUUAUUCAAACGGGAGCGGGACAGGAGUGGGAGUAAUUUUGAGUGGGAGUGGGACAGGACAGGAUUAAUCUUUUUACUCCGGUCCGGGAUUGGGACAGGAUUUUUUCUCUGAGAGUGGGACGGGACAGGAGUGAAAAUCCGCUUCUGUGUCAUGCUCUAACGUGUGUGUACACAUUUGUAAACAUGUACACCUUUUGAAACUCGUUUAUUCAUUUGAAGUUUUUCACACAUUUGUCGAUCAAUUCCAACAUUCAUAGAUGUUAAGUGAACAGUCAUAAAUCUGACUCGCUGUUAUUUCUUUGUUGUUUUCAGGAGUUUCAUCUGGAGUACGACAAGCUAGAAGAGCGACCUCACGUUCCCUCCACAUUCAACUACAAUCCUGCCCAGCAGGCCUUCUGAUUGGCUCUACCUCCUCCUGCCUGCCUGCCAUUGGCCCUCCUGGCUCAUCAUCUUCAUCAUCAUCAUCACCCUCUAGGUUUUCUUCCCCUCCACACACGCUAAGUGAAUCUGGCCAAUCAGGACUCGGGAUGGGAGAGGAUGUCCCGCCUCCUCCUCUGUACUGGAUAGACUUUAUGAUUUUAACUUUUCAGAUUUCUGUUUGUUCCUUACCUCAUUUUUUUUUUUUUUUAUUUGACCUUCCUUCUCCCUCCAUGAGUUUGGUUCAGUUUUGUGGAGCACACAAACACACACACACUCACACACUUUCUCACACACACACUGAAAGACGGACAGCGACACACACUCUGUAAAUAAGUGUCCAUCUGACGGGGUGAUUCCUCUUUCUAUCACUGAAGAAUUUGACUAUUUUUGAAGCUUUUAAAGAAGAACCAGAUUUUAACUCAGAACUAAAUCACCAGUCAGGAUGGAUAAUUAUUUCACACGUGUGUCUCACCUCUCCGACCUUUGACCUUUGGCAGGAAAUAUCCUUCAUCUCUUUAUUUUACCAGAUUUGUUUUUUCCGGCAGCACAGAUCAGAACACAUCAGCAGCAGACAGCCGAGUCAGGAGAGAAAAUGCAAUGUACAUUGUAGCACUAUUUCAUAAUAAAAGAAGAAAAAUAUCCUUUUUUUUUUUUUUUUUUUGGUUCGUUGGAUGUUAAUGUGGCCGCACCGGGUAUAAUCUAAACUUUCCUUUUUAAUCCAGAUAAAUCAGGCAACUUUGAAGUAAGUUUUUAGCCAAGCAGUUUCAAUCAUCUGUCACUGUUUGUCCACAACCAACCGAAAGAUCUACCUUUUUUUUGUUUUUUUUUUUCCUUUGAGUUUUCACCCCUUCUCUGUAGAUCUUAAGAAAGUCAUUUCCUAAAAUACCCUCCAAAAAUAUGUCCAACUAAAAGCCCAUAAUUGAAAGAAAUUCAACUCAAAAGUAAGAAAUAGCUAAAUUAAGCCUAAUUUUUAAUGAGAGAAACAGAAAAAGGAGGCGUAAAAACUGAAAUAUUAAUUUAUCAACUAAAUCAAUGUUGAAAUUAAGAAAAUAAGUGUGGACAGUUUGGUUUUUGCAAUCAUUAAAAAAAAAAAAAAAAAAAAAACUUUAAAUCCUUUAACAUUGGGAAAACAAACUCAACUGAGCACUAUCCAAAACUCUAUACAUACGUCAUCUACAUAUAACUUUUUAAAAAUGUAACUUUUAACAAUUGCCACUUACUCCUCAAAAAUGAAAUCAAACUACUUAUUCAAAACAACUUUGCCUUGAAACAUAGAAAUAGGAAAAGUUCUGAUUCUUAAACCCAAACCAUCACUUUUUUGUCAUUUCGGGAGUUGAUUACUUAAAAAAAAAUCAGCACUUCAUUUUAACAAAUGCACAACUUUCCAAAUCGUUCUCCAUUUCUUCUUCAUCAUCUUUUUUUCCCGUUUUUUCCCUCCACUUUCUUCAACAAGGUUACAGUUUAAUUUUUUAAUCGUUCUAUCUUUCCCUUUAGUUCUCCCACAAUUUUAUUACCCCUUACCUUUAUUUGUUUUCUGCCUGGCAACAGCCCAACCAAUCAGAUUACUCUGGUGACCCUUAUCUCAAAGACGUUUUACAUUUUAAGGAAGUCACUUUCUUGCUUUCUUGAAUCGAGUUAUGGGAGAGGAUUGACACAUUUUAGUUGUUUGUUCAAUUUGUACGAGGUGACAGCGAGGAGGAUUGUGAGCUUCGCUUAGCUUAGCAAAAAGGUAACUUGUUUAUUUUUAUAUACAAGUCUGUUUCAAUCAAGAAAAUCAGAUACAUCAGAGGUUAUUUAUCUUAAGAAAAGUUGUUUCGUAGAUUUCUUUCAGCAGAUUCAAGUAGGCUACUUCCAGGCUUAUUGCUAAGCUAAGCUAGCUACACAGCUUCUAGCAAUAGCUUCAUAUUUUAAUUAUAGGCAAGUUUGGUGUCAAUCUUCUUGUCUAUCUCUCAGCAAGAAAGUAAGACAGUUUGUCUCCUGAAAUAUGAUACUCUUUUUCUUGAAUGUCCACAAAACGCUAAAUCAAGCAGAAAAAGCCCAAAUUCAAAGUCACAGAAUCUAAAAUUAUUUGUUCUGAGUUUACGUUUUGCAUCCCAGCAGGAGGCACCAAUGUACAGUCAUGUGUGUUUAUAUUUGAUUAUGUUAACACACAUACAAGGCAGGAUUUUUAAGAAAAAAGGAGAAAAACAAAAAAGAGAAACAUGUCUUUUAGACGAGGUAACGUUCCCACCGCUGGCCGCCAGUAAACGAUGCAAUACUCUGACUUCCCGUUACCACGGAAACCAACAUGGAGACGGUGAACAGGGGACCACGGCUGACUCUACCGGAAGACAACAACAACAAAUCACCAACCGCAUUUUAGCAACAAAAGCCAAGGACACGCCCCCAGACCCAUGUGACCCGCUGGAGGAGAUUUGAUUGGAGGAUGAGGACUGAGGCACUUGGCCGUUGGCUGUUUUAUUAAAUAUGGCAGCUAGUGUUUUAAUAGGAAAAAGAAUAAAAUAAUAAAUAUUCUGGUAAUGAAACUGAGACAGGAGUCCAUGUGGUUAUUUAGUUUUAUUUCAAAUUAUUGUUUAAUUAAUGUUUUACCUCAUUGUUAGUGUUUUUUCUUUCCCAUGACUGAAAAUUUAAGAGAAAGGUACCUCGUCACUAAGUUUCACAAAGAAAUCCUUAAGUUUAACACUGGCCAAAUUUAGUUAUUUACACUGUGAAACACUUGAUAUAUUUCCUUAAGAAAUUUGGUCUCUUAAUCUUGUUUUUUUUCCUUCAUUUUCAGACACGUCUUUGUGAAAUGACAAUACCUGACAAACUUAUUUACAUUAUUUCUCACAGAAAUGUCCUUUUAAACUAGAAAAAAGUCAUGAUUUCUAAUUUAAAAACCUUUGUUAAACAAAAACACAAUUAUUUCCAAUAACAUGUGGUUUUAAAGUAAUUGUCUUAAGCUGUAAAAACACUCCACUGUAGUCCGAGGUGAUGUCUAGAGUUUGAAAAAAGCCACUUCAUCGGGGCAGUAAUGUUUGAUUUCACAGCCGUGUUUCAGGAGUUUGUCCACGAGAGGGCGCUGGCUGCUAAAAAUUGCUCCAAAGGCGGACUAAAAGGUAAACCAGACCACAACACAAUGAUACCUCGAACAUUUUGACCAAUUAAUAGUCAGGUGAGUUUAUAUUCUGCUUUUUAAUUUAGUCAGAUAUAGUGAAAAAACUGCUCUAAGCACUUUCGCAUUAUUUAUUUUGCUUUUUCUCUUUCCUGAAACUUUGCAUAUAUCAGACAUAUCAAUGCACUGACUUUUUAUUUCAGCUUUUUCAACAGCACAGCAGCUGCAUGUGAUGACUGAGAGAAAGUAAAGCACCAAAGUUGCAGAGGGAGGGCUUUUUGUCGCAUGGAGGUAAACACACACACUCACACACCCACACUAUAAACAAAUACCGGAACACGAUCCGGCUCUGAGGUGAGAGCAGUGAAGAUUUUAUGUGGCGAUAAAAAUUUGUUGAACAAAAACAAGAGUGGAGCUGAAUUUAAAUGAGGAAGAGUAAAGAGGUGAAGCAACAGCAGAAAUAACACACUUGAUUUAUGAACUUUUUUGCACAUGAAAAGUGUCAAAAAUUAAAAACUUGAGAGAACUCUAGCAACUUUGAAAUUAAUUAUUUACACUCACGUAACAAUUAGUAACAAGCUCCAAAUCAUAGCUUGUUGGAAACAUACAUAUGAAGUUAAAUAUUAAGCACAGGUAUCAAGCUUUAGACUGUUGUUUGGAUGAAACAAGAAAUCUUAGGGUGUAAAAUUUGGUCUGUUCAGAGUCCUUUAAUAGAUUUUAACAAUAAAAUAUUAAAAUAGAAUAAAAUCUCUAACUUAGUGCCCCAAACAGCUGAGACACUUUACUUCUAAACAGAAUUUGAUGGUUUGUAAAACAUUUCAAGUUUAUAUUUAAUUGUAACUAGUGCAAACACAGCAAAUCAAAUAUUUUCAUUGUUUGAAAUUUGAUGGCAACAAUCCAACCAAUCAGAUUGCUGUUGUGACCUUUCUCAUAAAGUAUUGCUUCAUCUUCAGUGAAGCACUUUUUUGCAUUUAUGAAUUGAGUUGUAGGACAGGGUUGACACGUUUGUUGUUAGUUCAUUUUACUGCAGCUAAGUAACUGUUAGCCUUGCUUAAGUUAGCGUAAAAGUUAAGCUAAGCAAAGGCAUUUAGCUAGUAGCAAUAGCUUCAUAUCUUAAUAACAUGCAUGUUUGGUAUCGAUCUUUUUGUUUAUUUCUCAGCAAAACAACGAGACAGGAUAUAGGACUGUGUCGUCAUAAACAACAACAAAACUGAAAUCAAGAACAAAAUCAUAAAAAACAGCAAUUACAUGUAAUUUUGUAGACAAAGAAUAUACCUCAGAGGUUAUAAGACAUGGUUUAAGAGAUGAUUAGUGUAAUAGAAAGCAUAUUUAUGUCCAAAAUCCUCUCAAAUAUGUCCUAAUCUGGACAUGUGUCACAUUCCAACAGCAGGAUUUUAACGUUAAGACAGCAGCCUGUUGUUUUAUGUUUCUGUUUGGAGACAAAAUGCGUCUAAAAAAGUAAAAUGUUGCUUUAAACCUACGGACUAAAACACAGAUAUGCUGCAGAAAAAAGCUGCAGAAUCACUCUGUUGCAUUUCCUCCAUCCGAGUGCUGCUCCAUCAGCCUCGCCUCCAUAAUGAGGGAUUUUACAGGCUGUAUUUCUCUGUUGAUGCUGGGAUUUUUCAGCCAAAUGUUGCCUCUGCAGUUCCACCACCACUUCUGUUUUUCCAGGACAGCAGGAGCAAAUAUUGAGCAGCAUAAUCGCAUCACAUGAAUGCUGGUUUGAGGCCGGCUGUGCCCUACAUGAUCUAUUUUUCUAUCUUUUCCACUAAAAGCUGCAGGAAACCAACUGUUGAUGCAGCGUGUUAUUCAAAUAAUCUUUUUUUUUUUCUCUUUUGCAAACCUCAGAUUUUCUUAUUUUCUUUUAUUUUUUGCGUGCAGCCUGGUGAUAAAUCUCUGGUGUCUGUGUGCGAGCGCUUUGCAUGGACACGUGGCCUCUGUGUUCCUCUGCGCUCAUGUCCGUUAUUAUUUGUAAUCUUUUGAUCUGCAGAGAUGAUAAUAAUCCUGCCACAUGCCUCCCUGAUUACCAAUGCAUAAUGCUGAGCCUUUAUCUGGAGCCUUUACAUUUAUGCAACAGGCUGAGGGAGAACACAACAGAGAAAGUGAAGCACUAAAGGCUGAAGAUGAUCAGUGUUAGGAGGAUUUUUGAAC